AUGGCUCGCAUCAUUCUGACAAAGCUAAGACUAGUAAACUUCAAGUCUUACGCAGGAGAGCACGUGCUGGGCCCGUUCAAGCCAUCCUUUUCGUGUAUUCUAGGCGCUAAUGGCUCGGGGAAAAGUAACGUUAUAGACUCGCUCCUUUUUGUUUUCGGGUGGCGAGCCCGUGCCCUGCGCCACUCUAGGCUCGCAGACUUAAUACACACGUCCUCAGAGCAUCCGGAGCUGGAUCAUGCGCGCGUAGAUGUUUACUUUACGCUCUGGGAUGACAGCCAGGAUGCAGCUGUUCCAGGAGCAGAGUUCACUAUUUCUAGAGCCGUUCGUCGUAAAAGCUCGGAGUCAUAUUAUGAAAUCAAUGCAAUGCGCGCCACACAAGCUGAUAUCGUAACCUUUAUGCGAGAGCGGGGAAUGGACCUCUCCAGCCACCGGUUCCUAAUUCUACAGGGCGAGAUAGAGCAAGUUUCGCUUAUGAAGCCCCGAAAUGCAGAGUCCCUACUGGAUUUACAAACAGAAGCCUUUCUGAAGCACUUGAGAGACAAGACCCAAAACCCUCCAAAUCUGGAUUCCGUAACCUCUGCGGGAGAGGGUGGGCUUUUGGAGUUUCUUGAGAACAUAGUGGGGACCCAUAAGCAUGUGCCCGUCAUUGCUCAGCUCACAGCUGAAACCCAAUUGCUCGAAGAGGCCCGAUCCCAAGUACGAACGCGUCUACGCACUGCAGUUUCCUAUAGAGAUGAGCUCGAGGAGCAGCACGCUGCUGUGGUGGACUCCCUAAAGUCAUUGGCAGAAGGUACCAAGCUUUACGCACGGUACUCUCAGGUGCAAGCUUUCAGCCAACGGAAGCUGAUAGCUGCAAGGCGCAUAGAGCAACAACAGCUUCGCCAACAAAGCGAGCACUUGGUGAAUGAGCGACUGUCCCCACUGAAUGUAGAAAUCUCAUCCAUUGAAACUGAAGUUGGUAAACUCAAUGAUAGGUUAAAGGAGCUAGCAGCACUGGAAAAGGGAUGUACAGAGCGCAUGAGAGAAUUGGAGGUAGAGAAGACAGUAACCGAGGAGAAGCUGGACCUUCAUGUGUCCUGGUUGACUAAGUGUGAUGUAGAGAUAGCCUCACACGAAGCGGCUAUUCAACAAUAUCAAGCAGAAAUGAAUGAAUUUCCGGCACGAGAACAGGCCUUGCGGCAUGAGAUUGCUAGUCUGGAUGGUAUAAUUUCUGAAUUAAGUGACAAACUUUUCAAAGCGGGAGGGUCUCAAGCAGGUAAGAAAGGAGCAGGAGAAGAGUUAGAGACAAUCUCACAGAAUAUUGUACCGUUGCGCAAGCAAUUAAUAGGUGUUACCGCGCGACUUUCAACCAUUAGACAGUCUGGCCUUGCCACAGCAGCGGCUUUAGGGGAACUCUGCUGCAACAUUAUGUUGUGGAUUCUUUUGAUUGGCACUAGCCUUAAAUCGUUGAUGGAAUCUCUCGAGUCCUACGUCAAUUCUUCGCAGUUACUGUCUGGCAUCGAGGAGAGGCUUCAAGAAUACCAACAGGUGCAGAACAAAAAUAGAUUAUUACAUGCAGAAAAGGCACAGCUUCAAGCGUUACUAGUAGAGCUGCAGGAGCGUCUAAAGGCCGUCGAUGCCUCCCAGGACGUGUUGAGGGAGCAAACAGAAACAGAACGAAUGCUUCUAGAUGCUCAAGCGAAAGGAAUACUUAAAGGAAUCUAUGGCAGAGUAGGAAGCUUAGCAUUGGUUGCUUCUCAAGACAUUAAUUUGGCAGCAAUAUCUGCAUUUGGGGGGUCUCUGAACAUGAUAGUCGUGGAUUCCAUGGAAAAUAUAGAGCUUGCCCUUCGCUUUCUACGGGAACAACGAAGAGGCGUCACAAACUUCAUAGACCUAUCCCGCGUUAGUGACCAAUAUCGAAAGUAUAUUGCGGGGCAACCUCAAGUUAACGUUCCGCCGGGCACUGUUCUCUUCCUGGAUCAGCUACAUGUAAGAGAUGAGGCUUGCAGACCAGCCCUGUGGCAUGUGGUCAGGGACACCCUUCUGUGUGAGGACAUGAACCUUGCAAAUAGGCUUACAUCUGGAAGGGGUGCAACUCAGCGUGUAGUUACCUAUGAGGGAGAUGUUUUUGACCCAUCUGGAGUAAUCAGUGGCGGCGGAGACAAGGCCAAAACGCUUCGGGGUGGUAGGGGAUUUGCUCUUGGCACUGGCGCCUCUGGAGCCCGCGGGAGAGACUUGGGAGAAGAUGAAGCGGUGCACAGGAGAAAGCUGAAGAAUGACAUUUCUGUAGAGAUUGACACUAUACACGAAAAGCUGGAAGGUCUGAAUAGCGAAUUGGAAACGUGUAGACGAGCAUUGGCGCAAACCACGUUGUCUGAAGAAGCUGCUGCUAAGUCUGCCAUAACGGCAAAAAUCACCGCCUUCCAGGACGAGUUUUCAAAGGCACGGGAGUUGAUCUUUCGCGCUCUUAGCUCUCUUCGCAGCUCGUUUGCAUCUUCAGUACUGGCUAAGUCUGCCAUUGAGAUUACUGCCCUAGUUAGAAAUGAGGUCUCUGAUCUCUAUCAUGCUCUGGAGGAGCAGGACGUUUCUGGUUGCGGAGAUAUUGAGAAUGCUCUACAUAACCUAAUGGGACUGUGUCCUACGCUUCUUAGCAUCUCUGAGGACACUCUGUCGGAGUUUCCUGACAUAGGUCCAGCACUCCUCAGCACAUCAAUGUCACACCAUCUAAAGUCACUUAAGAACAGUGCCCUUGCUUCCAUCCUAUCGAUGGGGCUUUUUGGAGACAUCUUUUCGGGAGGAGAGCCCUCGAACAGAGAUGUUACGGAUGUUCUGGACCAAUGUGCCGAUGCCUUCACAACUAGAAGCAUACCGUGCAGCAUAUUCAUCUUUCAUGCUGAUAUGAGACAAAUGAUUCUUCUUGGGGACCAGGAGCUGCAGCUGAAGUCAGAAGAGGAACGCCUUUCCAACGAGAUUCAAGCGCUAGAAGCUUUAACAAGGAAAAUCGAAGAGAACCAAGCAAACAACGAGCAAAUAGAGAUCAAGCGGAACCUUAACAUUCAUUCAGAGAAACAGAAAGAGCUAACAAAAGCCCUUCAGGAGGCCAGCAUCAAUCAAAAGAAGCUGGAGCCUCGAAUAGCCAGGACUCGCAAGCAAAUAACAGAGCUGCAGAACAACAGGCAUCGAUUCCAAAACGAAAUUAAUAAUUAUCGUCACAAGUUGCAAGAGCUGGACCAGCAGCGGGAAACACUGAGUAGCGAAAAGCUUCCACACCUUCAAACUGAAACAUCCACGUUAAAGACUCAACUAACAGAAGCAGGCAACAGACACUCCAGUGUUGUCAGCCAAAGAGAAGAGCUUCUCAAAGAGUUACAUGACUUAGAGCAAGGAAUUCAAACUAUUGAGCAGACAAUCCAGACGAAAGAAGCAGAGUGCCGACGACACAUAGCAAAGUAUACAGAACACUUGCAUCUUCUGGAUAAGCUGUUCAGCACAUUACAGCUGACGGUUUUUAACUUUGCCGACUUGGGAAUAGUGCUCAAUCCCCAGUCAGUAGAGGUGCUAGCAAAUCAGCAGAACAUCGAUGCUGUGCAAGAGCUCUGCAUGUUUCCACAGCGAGAACUGGAUUCUCAAGAGGUCUCCGAUUUGGUAUUGGAGCUCUACGGAGGUAUCAAGGUUGACAAGAAAGCCGCUAAAUCCUUGGAGACAGGCCUUGAUCUAGAUACCAGCACAGCGCUUCUGAUAGAGUAUCGCACCCGUGCUCAGGCUGUAUUUGAGCGCCAGGCUGAAUUCCAAUCCAUUUCUGCUUCGUAUGAUACAAAGAAGGCGGAGCUGAAUGCCAAGCGGGACCAGCGGGCGUCUGAGUUCAUCACUGCUUUUACCCUAAUUAACACUUAUUUGCGAGACAUUUAUAAGACGCUUACACUUGGUGGAGACGCGCAGCUGGAGUUUAUCAAUCAGUUUGAUCCAUUUGACGGCGUUCUCUUCAGUGUGAUGCCUCCGAGAAAGUCCUGGAAGCAAAUAUGCAACCUCUCUGGGGGAGAAAAAACUCUGUCUAGCCUUAGUCUCAUUUUCGCAUUGCACUGCUACAAACCAACGCCACUUUACGUUAUGGAUGAGAUAGACGCGGCGCUAGACUUUCGCAACGUUUCUAUUAUCGCUAAGUAUAUCAAGGGGCGAACGAAGAACGCCCAAUUCAUCGUUAUAAGUCUUCGUAACAAUACCUUUGAGUUGGCAGAUAGAUUGGUAGGCAUAUAUAAACAAGGAAACUGCAGCCGGUGCAUUAUCUGCGAUCCGGACGCAGUCUUGGCUAAAGUAAGAGUCUCAGAAUGA